AUGGCUCCCAUCACUGCUAUCAUCGACAAGACCAAUGCCAAUGAUAGCGUCAUAAAGCUCUUCUACGCUACGGGGAAAGCUCAGCUUGGCCUUUCUCUUUGGUCGGGCACAAAGGAUGCAGACCCUGAAGCCCCAAUCCAACCUCCCCAGGAAGUCGGGAAUGGCCAGUACAUCCUCAACCCAUCUCAGAUGGCGAGUAUCAACUUCCAGGGUGUAGAGAGAGUCUUUACUCUUACAACAGAGAACCCGUUCAAAGUCACCCCACAAGACAUUCACAAUAUCUCAGAGAUUUCCGAGUCAAAGCAAAAGACCCUGGCUAGCGUGCCAAUUGGCAACACCACGCUCGCUGCCUGUAGAAACGAAGACAAUGCCUGGGUCUACUACAGCAAUACCUACUUUAGUGGGAGAUGCUUUAUGGAAUACAACCUCCAGACUUCACAGAGAACUGAACUUGCAGGCACCUUUGGUCUCUGGAUCAACUCCUUCGCCGCUGCUUAUUACGAUCCCGCCACUGAUAAGCGAUGCCUUAUCUACGAGACAAGCUCCCUUGUAGAGUUUGUCGUCGGCAGUGACCAACCUGCCUCAGCAAUACAGCAAGCAUCUGACAUGCAACGAAAUACGCCAGUGGGCGUUGUAUUUGAGAACGGCAAGGUCUUUCUUUACUACUGCGGGAGAGGUGAUUCUGGCGGCAUUCGGCGAACUAUCAAAACGGAAAAUGGGUGGCAGAAUUCUACGCUUAUUGACAGUCGUACUAUUUCGCAGGAUAGCCAGCUUACUGUGGUGCGGGCUAAUGGUAUUAACCAUUUGUUCUUUGUGGCUAGAGAUCAGACUGAGGAUGAGGAAGAAUACUUUGUACACUAUCCCGAUGAGAUUAGUUAG